AUGUCCGACCAAUUCAAGGAAAUCGCCGACAUCCCCAAGGAUUUCAUUAAAGAGGGUACCCAAUUCAUGCAUCGCUGCACCAAGCCGGACAAGCGAGAGUUCCUCAAGAUCUGCCAGGCGGUCGGCAUGGGAUUCCUGAUCAUGGGCGGCAUCGGAUACUUCAUCAAGCUGAUACAUAUCCCGAUCAACAACAUAUUAGUGGGCGGUGCUUGA